AUGCCACCAACGAAAGAUGUUGACAAGAAUGCGACAGAUCAUCUUGUGGAGAAGUAUAUCGAAGAAAAUGAUGUGAUGAUCUUCUCCAAAACAUGGUGUCCGUAUUGUACAAAGAUUAAGAAUGCUUUGAAAUCAGCAAAAAUUGAGUUUUAUUCUAUUGAAUUGGACAAAAUGGCCGAAGGUGAUGAUAUUCAAGAGGCAUUGAUCAAGAAAACGGAACAAGAAACCGUUCCAAAUAUAUUCAUCAAACAGCAACAUAUCGGUGGAUGUGACAAAACACUUGCAGCAUUGAAAUCAGGCCGCGUAGCUGCUCUUCUCAGCCCACCGGAGCCGGAAGCGAAACAUCAGAAAUUAGAAGACGAUGCAUUGGAUUCGUAUGACUAUGAUUUAAUUGUCAUCGGUGGAGGUUCUGGUGGUCUUGCGUGUUCUAAAGAAGCUCAAUCGUUUGGUAAGAAAGUAUGUGUGCUUGAUUUUGUCAAGCCAACACCAAUUGGAACAACAUGGGGUCUCGGUGGAACAUGUGUUAAUGUUGGCUGUAUUCCGAAAAAACUAAUGCAUCAAGCAGCACUAAUCGGUGAAUAUGCUCAAGAUGCGACCGAUUACGGCUGGGCUCAACUUGAACAAGCGCGUCAACAUAAUUGGUCGAAAAUGAUUGAGUCGAUUCAAAUGUAUAUUCGUUCGUUAAACUUCAAAUAUCGUGUCGAUCUUCGUUCAAAAGGUGUGGUGUAUGAAAAUUCCUAUGGAGAAUUUGUCUCCCCGCAUCGAUUGAAAAUAACUGAUAAGAAAGGUCAAUCAAAAGAAAUAACUGGAGAAAAGAUCGUUGUGGCUGUUGGUGGUCGACCGAAAUAUCCUGAUAUUGAAGGUGACAAACAAUAUGGAAUAACCAGUGAUGAUCUGUUCUCACUCAAAUAUGAUCCGGGCAAAACGAUUGUCGUUGGUGCAUCGUAUGUUGCACUUGAAUGUGCUGGAUUUUUACAUGGCAUCGGUCGAGAAGUUCAAGUUUUCGUUCGCUCGAUACUUUUACGAGGCUUUGAUCAACAAAUGGCAUCGAAAAUAGGCGAUUAUAUGUCAGCUAUUGGCAUUAAAUUCAGUCAUCAAACUGUCCCGAUACGCUUAGAAUGUUUAGAAGAAGGCAAACCAGGCAAAUUACGUCUUCACUAUCGGCAGACACUCGAAUCUGGAGAAGUGAAAGAAUCCUAUGAAGAUUGUAAUACAGUCCUAUUUGCUAUUGGACGCGAAGCUUGUACAAACGAAUUACACAUGGACAAGAUUGGUUUCGAUCUAAAAAAAGCUAAUGGCUAUAAAAUUAAAACUAGAGAAGAACAAUCUACUCAAAUUCCAUGGUUAUAUGCGAUCGGAGAUUGUAUCGAUGAUGAGACAAUGCCACCUGGUCAACCUUUGGAACUGACACCAGUUGCUAUUCAAGCUGGACAAUUACUAGCUAGACGACUUUUUUCGGAUAGUUCGUUGAAGAUGAAUUAUUAUAACGUUGCAACAACAGUUUUCACUCCAAUCGAAUAUGGAGCUAUUGGUUACAGUGAAGAAGAUGCACUUUCGAAAUUCGGUGAAGAAAACAUCGACAUCUUUCACAGUGAGUUUGUUCCUCUCGAAUGGUCAAUCUGCCAUCAUCGCGAACAAGUUAAAAACAUGUCUUAUUGCAAACUAAUCGUUGAGAAGAAAACGGAUCGUGUCAUCGGCUUUCAUGUUCUCGCUCCAAAUGCAGGUGAAAUAACCCAAGGCUAUGCCGUUGGUAUGAGACUUGGUGCGACAAAAGCUGAUUUCGAUAUGACUGUUGGCAUUCAUCCAACAUGCUCCGAAAAUAUCACAACUUUGUCGGUCACGAAAUCAUCCGGUGAAUCAGCUACUCAAGAAGGUUGCUGA